AUGCAUCUGAAGUAUCGAAAGUUCUCGAAGGAACCAUUGCUUGCUCUGAAGCUGUUUCGUCAUAUUUUGGAACGUAUAGCAAGAACAGACAUUUUGCAACAAGAAAGGUUUAUGUCAAUGAAGAAAGGAUAUACUCACCAUCUCGGUUUUGCUGUAGCUGUCUUCAUAAGUCUGCUGUCCAGCAUUGUAUUGGUUGUUAUCUUGUUCUUGAUCCCGACUGAACCGAAUGCUUUGGUCAUCACAACUGGAUGUCUGAUAUUAUUCACAACAAUACUGACUAAUCUCCUGAUUUAUGUCCCAAAGGUCAUUAUCAUAGAACGAGGAGGUGAUCCACUUUCCAUGGAGUUAUUUCCGUCACUCGGUGCAGCGUUUGUUUUCUUGAAAAUAUUCGCCGGAGAAAACCAGUUGCCAAAUGUGGGUUCUGGUAGGUCGCUCGGCCUGCCAAAAAUUGAUUUUGCUGCCGGGAAGAUUGAAUUAAAUGACAACAACUAUCUUACGAAUAAUGCCGAAUAUCACCACGGCAAGAAGUUUUGAAAGAACAUAUUGGUCUGGAUGGUUUUCCAUAACACAUUAUUAAGAAUACUUUGGAUGUAAGCCAUCACUUCAUGUUUCCUAGGAACAAACACAAACGUUGUGCUAGGAGUAAAAAGCGCACACUUGUUAUAAAAUAUAUACACAUGAUCGCGAUCGACGAAAUGAACUUUAUUAAAAAGUAUGAAUCAAGAACAGAAUAUGCAGAUGUUUUGAUAGUAUUUAUUGUAUUGCAUCAUAUUCUAAUUUUAAAAUUUUCCUGAUUUAAUAGCAUGUUACUAAUAUACUUUAAUUAAUUAUUGUACAAAAUAAAUUCAAUAUUUUUGUACUAUUAAAAAUGCAGUGAAAGAAUUUCAAAUCGAAUAUGGACCUUAGUCUGCCUUCCUGGACAACGGAAUCUAACUUCGCCGCUGUCAAUGUGUCCGUUUGUGUCAGUCAGUAACGAUGUUAAUAUCACUAAUACGUACAUGGGACUUAUCAUUUACAUCGUUUUUGAUUAUUCAUUAUUAAUUAACUAUCAUACAUUAACAAUAAGGCAACUAUUUAAAAUAAAUCUUUCAUUUAAAAAAUGUACUAUAUUUAAAAGAAUCUGGAUACAUUUUAUUCAAGAUGCUUUAGAAAUAUCCAAUAAUACAGCUAUAUAAUUAUAUAUACUGCUUUUAUAUUGUAAACUUAUAACAAACAUUAUUAUUGAUGUAAGUGAAUUUGUACAUA